CCGAGAUCAAUUGGAGAAAAGCACAAGCUCGCGUCACGUGUGUCUACGGAGGACUUCCAGGUCGGCUUCGGCCCUCCAGCUCUGCGGGGAAGGACGCUGCUCCAGUCGCCAUGCAGCAAGACAGUGCUGAUGCUCAGAGGAUACCGGGCCACCAGCCCUGAGGGGAACACCGCUGCCCACUAGGCUGAGAUGCUGAAAAUGCAACAAGGCAGCUGAGGAGGAUCCUCCUGAGCCACAGCGACACACACACACACACACACUCCAGAGCUGCUGCACGCCACCCUCCAUCAGGAGGGACCAGAUAGUUGGCCUGGACCAUGAGCUAUGUUUCUACCAUCUGGAACAACCUACCGGCAAACUCCACAGAGGCACCACUCAAGACGCAGGAGCAGCAAAAUGGCUACGUUCUGCUCUUGGUGAUCCUCUCCAUCUUUCUGGUCGGAUCUCUCAUAUUCAUCUCCGUCCUUCUCAUCACAUGUCGUAAAUGCGGACGCCGAGGGCCUUGCUGUGCCAGGGCGAACGAUGACCCCGAAAAGACCAACACCACAUAUUUGGAGGAGUCUCAGCCCACCCACGAGAUCACAAUCAGGGUGGACGAGUCCGAGUGCCUGUCGAUGGGCAGCGCUCAUGAUCAGGAGACCGAGCGCUUCCUCUCUACGGGGACCACGGGCCGGCGAGUCUCCUUCAAUGAGGCAGCGCUUUUUGAUCAUGGCAAGAAGGCCCAGGAAAAAGGCCGGAGGUACACACUGACUGAGGGGGACUACCACCACCUGAAGAACGCGCGGCUCACCAACCUGCACAUCCCUCCCCCAGCUCUCAAGAUCGUCACCAUCCAUGAGUGCGACUCGGCUGAGAACACCAUCACCAUGACGACCCGUCCCGCCACCAAGUCAGCAUUGUCCAUUUUUCAGCCAACGCUGUGCCCCCUCCCACAAACAGCACUGACCAGCCUCGGUGUCACGUCCAGCUGCGCCCUCCCUGGAGACACGCUCAACUCCACCGUUGUGACCUCCAGCGUCAAUGACAAAAGCACCGCAAGGGCGGCCAACACUUGCUUCAUUGAGAUGACGUCCCCGGCCAAAGCUGGUGCUACGAGUGUGGGUCAGGGGGCUACAGUGACGGGGGAUGUCAAUCCCCUCACCAGUGGAAGUCAAGGUCCAGUGCUACAGUUCCUCACUAAACUGCGGCGUCAUGCAAGCCUGGAGGGAGCCAGCCCCUAUUUCAAGAUCAAGAAAUGGAAGCUGGACAGCAGCCAGAGAGCUUCAAGUCUGGACACGCGAGGCUCUCCAAAGAGGAGACCAUUCCACCGCCAACGUGCUGCCAGUGAGAGCAUGGACCAGGACGACUAUGACUCCCAUCACAUAGACCUGAUCCAGUAUAUCGCUCGCACGCAAGACAUUCCCUACAGUCCCAGCCAGCCAAAAUCACAGUUGCUUGCAUCCCCUUCUUCACCACCCCCUUCCCUUGGCAGGGUAGAGGUGGAGGUGGUGGUGGAGCCACUCAGUCACGAAGGACCGGAAGUAAUUGGCUUAUCCCCAGAUCCCCAAGACGAAGCUAUGUUACCAACAAGAAAAGAGAGAGAGGAUCCUCAGUCGCUCUAUAGAGAUAUCUGGAACCUGCGUGCGUCACUCGAACAGUGUGCUACAUCUGACCAAAGCAGCAACAAUGAUAGAAACUCCAUCUGCAGUGAUGCUGACAGUGUGUGCUCACUGGGUGGCCACACUGACGCUGAGCAGGAAGACUUUCCUAGAUACCCUUCACAAGAUUUUGGCGAUGAGACGGAAGGUUCAGAAGACAUUUUGGUGUGUACCGAUGAAAGGUUGAAAGUGAAAGAUACCAAACAGUGGAGCACUGAGUCGGAGCGAGGGGCCAGUGAUGGAGAAACAAAUACUCGUAAGCUGAUGCAGAUGGACAGCGGCUACGCAUCAAUAGAGGUUCCGUCUCGGGGCGCGGAAGAGUUGAGGCUGUUUGGGAGCAUCAGCAGUGCCAGUGGCAGCCCGAAAGACAGAACGGCCAAUGAGAAGAGGCACCAUUUCACCAGUGCAGGGCGAACUGGCUCUAUCGGGAAAAGCUUUGAGUCUCAUCUUUUUGAGGAGGAACCAGACGAUGAGCUGCUGUUGGGGGCCACGGGGGGUGCUUCCAUAAAAACUGGUCCUCAGAGCUGGUUUCCAUAUGGUCAAAUGCUUACACCCCGAGAGGCUUCCCCACCCCCCCCUCAGGCUUUGCUGCUGCACCAGAGAGACUACAGUGUAGACGAGAAAACAGACGCACUCUUUCAUGAGUUUCUCCGUCACGACCCUCAGUUCGACCUGCAAGAAUCUCCGCUCAAGAAGCACCGGUCCCGAAUGCACGUCCGCAAACAGUGGCAGAGGCACAAGCAGUGGAGUGACCCCGGAGUCAGAUACUUUCAUUCCUCGUUUGAAAGACACCGAACCCCGCUUCGGCGGGGCGACAGUGUCAACUACCCACUUGACUCAAGCCAUCACAGUAUGCUGCCCAGAAUAGUAAGUGGUCCAGAUGAGGAGAGCAGUGAUGGUAGCGCUUCUCAGACUCCCAAGGUAAAACUUUCAACAGAUGUCGCCAUCAAAGACGAGCCCACGAGGGCCUCACCAUCUCCUCAUGCAUCCAUGUCAGAAAGAGACAUCAGGGCAUCUGAGCAAGCGGAUCCUCAAGAGGACAGCAAGCCAACUGGACAUCCUCUCGAACCCCUAGAUGAUCGCUGGACCCCUCCGCCACCAAACUCCUCUGGCUACGGCCCACAAACUAUCACAUCAGAGCUUUCAGACAAAUUGACUUCUAACUUGGAAGAGAGGCUGUACACCGGCAUCAGCAGGACCAAUGACACAGUUGUGGAGCUCCUCACGACCACAGCGACGCACACAUCUCCAGACCACAGCCCAGUGUAGCCGGACUGACACUCAAACUGACGUUUUAGCCUUUUUUUCUUUUCUUUCUUAAAUUACAACCUCGGUUUGUGAAGUUUGAAUGUGCAAUUUAUACACAAAAAACACUAUUGUGUUACUUACUGUACAUUACAUAAAAGGUCCCAAGGUAAAGCAGCAGAUUUCAUUUUGUGACAGAAUACAAUGUUAUAUGGAUAGAAAUGUGCGGGAAGGGUACUAUUGAUGGUCAUUACAUAUUAAUAACUAUGUUCAUUCAGAAGAUCAUGUUAUGAUCAAUUUGGUUAUAAAGAGUUUUACAUGCAGGUGUGUUAAAUGAUCCACAGGAAAUAAACAUUAGAAACUUGACAGUAGUAAUAUACUAGUUUUGCAAAUUCAAAAUCACAUGAAUAUGGAUGAACCUGUUUCUAUUCUUGCUUUAACUUAAGACCGGGAUAGUCACGCAAGGGACCAAAUUUGUAAGAUCUUAGCCAAAAAAUAUUUAUGGAACAGUCUGGUACUGCUUUAAUAGAGUGCAAUAUAAAUAUAUCCUCGAGAAUUAUCAUAGCUUGUGUGUUCACUGUCCACAUGCACAGAUUGUUGUCUCACCGCUGACCGUGCCUCACGCUCAUCGUAUUUCGUCUGAGUCAUUUUUUUGAAAGAUUGCAGAUACAUUUUUUAUGUCUAUAAUUUAUGCUUGCUAGAUAACAACCCCACAGCAGUGACACGAAGCAUAUGUGACCUGGUUUUUGGUGUAUUUUACAUUUGUUUUUAAUUUAAUUUGUAUUUAAAGCUCUCGCGGCUGCAGAAAAUGGCUGCGCUGGCCAGAUUUGGCCCCCAGGCCACAGGCUUGACACCUCCUUCAGACAGACUAAGGAAGGCUAGGGGAAGAGCCUGAAUUGUUCGAUCCAUCAAGCAUGAAACAAAACGCGGAGCACAGAAAAUCUAAUAACAGAGUAGACAAGAGUGAAAAAUCUCUCAAAUGCUAUAUAAUGACAAGACAAUGUGAUUUAACUACCAUCUCUGCCAUGAAUAGGCUCCGGAAUGUCUCAGUCGGAAUGGAAUCAUUGUCACGCAAACCAAGCGCUGGCAGAGCUUCACUCCAUCCCUGAAAAACCACCAUCAUGGGUCUCAAGAUAAGUUCCUUAACUACUCUGGUGCUGAAUAGCUCUCAACAAAUAGCUACAAAAAGAUUGGGCUUGUCUGUUGCUGUAUCAAAACAUAUUAUUUGGCUCAAAUAUGAAUGUUAUCAGUUGAGGGUUGCCACUUUUUUGAUCCCCACAGGGUCUCAUUUUGUUUCAUUUUGAGUGAAUCCCUCAUCGUAUUUGUCAGAAGAAUCCUCUUUGUGUGCAUCACUGAUGAGCAGAGUUCGCCACUUGCAUGUCAUGUCUUCAGUUGAAUAGGAAUUAUAGCAAUGACAUAUGGUGCUUUUAUAUUAUUAUGUUAUAAUUCUUACGAAUAGGGCAGCCGGCGUUGUGAGAACAUGUUUCUGCAUCAGCACUGCAGUGUUCUGGGCCUAAGCUGGGCGUAAUGGACAACAUGACAGUGAGCUGUUGUGUCCACUCGCAUGACCAUGUGGGUCAUAUAUAUGGGCCUUGUAACAAUGGCCACUCAGUGACAAUAACAUGACAGUGACUUGUAAAAAAUGCUCCAGGUUUUCUGUGAGAUGACUUACUUGCGUUAAACAUUUUUGUUGUCCUCCUGAGGAAGUGUUCACAGCACUUGAUGCCUCGCUGGCAAUUUCACUUCCUGCUGAGGUGAAUAUCCGACAGAACAAAGAUGUUGAUUCUCCACUUGUUUAUUUAACUGAUGUGAUUUCCUCCUGGUGAUCCAUAACACAAUACUGUGGAGUGCGAAUUAUACCAUUAACAGUUCUUCCUUGGUUGCACAUGGUCUGCUCCCAUAAUGGAUUUUAACUCAAUAAGUUUACAGCAACUAAGAACAAUGCCUUUUUUAUUUGUGCAGGUGAAAUAUUUUCCGAUAAAUUUCACAAUGUCCGUUCUUCAGCAGAUGGUAAAGCAGACUUGUGAUAGGAUUGGUCUUGCAUAUAGCUACACAGGAUGUUGCAGACCGCAGAUUUAGUGGUGUAGAUAUCAUCGCUGUGAAAUGUAAGAGGAAAAAAAAAUAGCUGCCAUGCUCUGUGUGGGCGUGAUUGUAAUGAGGCUGUUUCUUUGGUCGACUCAAACUCAACCUCCUCGUAACAGGAGUCUCCUUUUGUGGCGGAGCGGCACCGUGAUGCUCAUUAGGAGAAGCACAGCAAAGAUGAAAAGGAGUGGAUUGUAAAUGAACUUAUAACAACACACACACAUUUGGACACCCCAAACCUUUAGGGUCUUUGUGUUGCAGCUCAACAAGGGGAAAUAAAUUAAUAAUAAUGAAGCACUCUAUUAGUUUCAAUGCUGCAGGACUCAGAUCAUUGAAGAUUUCCACCUUGAUAAACUGCAAGUCUCUCCAUGGAAACAACACCAUCCCAGAUAAUGUGGAUGAGGGUCGGGAAUCUAAAUCCUUCUGAAGACGGUGGUUUGGCAACGCGGUCUCUGUAUACUAAACAGUAGCCUGUCAAUGCACUGAAGCUCUAUGUAGGUUUGCAUGAGAGUAAACAUUUUAGUCAACAGUUUCAAUGUUUUCUUGCAUAUUUGUUAGAAAAUAAUCAAGUCCAUGAGUAACGCUCAUUCAGGCAGCAUCUGUGACUGGAGUGUCCUCUUAGCAGCGGCUGUAGGAUGCUGUGACUCAUGGGAGUUUGUGAGGCAUAACUUUAGUUCUGUACUCCUUGCUUGUUUGUAAAAUGCACAGUAUGGAGCGAUGGGCUCUUUGAACACCUUUGUUUUGGUUGUUUUCGAUUUCUGAAGCGGCAAGGGACCAAAUAAUGACACAGUGUUAUUUUAGGGAUGUUUUACAAUGUGUGAA